AUGCUGGCUCUCCUUGCGUUGGUCCUCGCAGCUCCCGUCCAGGGCAUCCUCCCGGACACCGUGGACUCAGGCCUCAGUCACAUCCUGGGACAUGUCUGGUCUCAGGAACCCGCGGGUCUGGAAGAGGAGCAGCUGGUGCAGGGAGCAGAGCCGCAGUUAAAUGACAGUGCCACUGCCCCUUCGCCAAGCCCCACGACCCCUCCAGACAUUACUGUCUCUCCCCUGGAUACAAAUGGUACAUCUACGACUUACCAGCCGAAUGACUUGGACAACAAUAUUUAUCAUGGCUGCAUCACUGAUGAUGACUGUGAGAAGGGAGGAUUCUGCCUCUCUCAAGCACACCGCUCUAAAUGCAUGUCCUGUAAAGCCCUUGAUGUGCCAUGCACCAGAGAUGGGGAGUGCUGUGAUGGUCAGAUGUGCGUUUGGGGCCAGUGUACUGCGAGUGCUUCCAAAGGAGAGGCUGGGAGCACAUGUCAGACCCAGAGUGACUGUGGCCCAGAUCUCUGCUGUGCUUUCCAUAAGGCACUGCUUUUCCCAAUCUGCCUGUCAAAGCCCAUCGAGCGUGAGCAGUGUUUCAGUGCCUCUAACCAUCUCAUGGAGCUUCUGUCCCAAGACCCUCAGGACCAGGGGCCAAGAACACACUGCCCAUGUGUUGGGGAUCUCCACUGUCAGCAUUUGGGACGAGGGUCCAUGUGUCUGAAAGGAGAAGACUCAAGUGAAGAAGAUAUAACGGACAAUCUCUACUCUGAAAUAGACUACGUAAUAUAA